UCUUCUCCGGUGUUUCUGUAUCUCGGUUCCUUCUCUGAGUUGUCUCUGUUGCCUAUAAGUUUGGAUUUUGUGUUAUUUUGUUGUCUGUCCAUCCUGUUCAUCUGUCUUUGCGUCGUAAGCUCUUCUCAUCACGUGAUAGUCAUCGGUAUGAUUCAUCAAUUUCUGUAUGUUAGACAUGAUUUUAUUAGCUAUGAUGCAACGAAAAGUUGACUGUUGAUGAUCCAGGUGUUGUUUUGCUUUGGAUUUUGAGUAAGUAGCUGUUUGUUGUAAGAUGAGUUUCGAUUUAAUGAGAUUUGUAACCUAAUGCUUCGAUUGUUGGUUGUUUUGAAGUUUUUGUCAAGGUAUUGAAAUAAUCUAUGUUUGUUUAUUUGCUUUAAAACUAAAAAGCCAACGACCCUUUCUCUUCCGCCACCGCUACGGAACCCUCAAUUAGCCGUCAUUGUCUUCCACCCUAUACUACUUUGAGGGGUUUCCUUCACUAAGAUGCAUCUCACAACUAUUUUAUAUAUCUUUUUUAGAUUUUAAAAGUGAAUUCCAUAUAUUUCUUUUCUAAAUUUUAAAAUAAAAUAUUUAUCCAACUAAAAAAUGUAAAUCAAAUACAUCUGAUAUAAACUUUAAAACUCUUAUACCGUCCAUCAUUUAAUUUAAAAAAAAAUGUUGAGAUGUAUUCCCACUUUACCUUUUAUAUUGAAUAAAUGUAUAAUAGUUUUUGCGUUUGUGUUGCAGGAGCUGGUACUACCCGAUCAAGUUAGUAUACAAUAUGUUUUGUAUUUGUUUUUUUAGUUGUCUGUUAAGUAAGUUUUUUGUUAGUUAAAACCUUAGUAGAAUCAAUAUCUACUUUAUAUUUACUUCACGAAAAUGGGAUGUACACCUGAUGAAUAUAUUCCUUGUAUUUGCUCUUACUAAUUUUUUAUAAUCUACUAUACUAAGUUACAUGUAUUUAUUAAAUACAGCAAAGCAAGUUUACAUGCAAAGAAUGGGUAACUGAAAUCACUCUAAAUCGUAAAUGGUUUCGUUUGUGAGGAUGAUGGCUGUGUUCCUUGCCCUGUUUUCAUGUAAACUUCAUCGUCAGAUUUUACAAAAAAUAAUAUUUGGUUCAUGGUAUAUUCAGUUUUGUAUUUAUCUUCUCAAAUUAUCAGGUACAAUGGUACAAAUGUUGGAUAAAUCAUGCUAUGACAUGGUGGUCAAGGACGGACAUACGAUCCAGAAAUCAUGCCUAUAGAAAUCUUUAAUAUUCUCGAAGAAUUACACCUAUUGAUAUGUCCAUAAGAGAACGGGGAACAUGGCUAUGAACAAAGCUGCCUAUAAUCCCAGCGACCCCAGAUCCUAAAACAGGGACAUCAAAAAAAAGAAUGCAAUGAUCACCAGAUAAUGAAACAACAGGAAGGCAAGCAAAACAGUAAAAGGAUACUGGGCAAGGCAAUUUUUUGGGUGGCCGAAACAACUCCAGAUGCAUCUAACAAGACGGGCAUUUUCCAGAAGAGGACAAUGUUUAUCCAAACACAAUCCACUCCCAAUCCUCUAUCAUUAAUGUUUUAUCCCGGGAAGCCAGUGAUGGAAGUUGGGAGUGCAGACUUCCCAAAUGCCCGUUCGGCUAUGAAUUCUCCACUAGCAAAGGCCCUUUAUGGAAUCGAUGGAAUUACUCGUGUGUUCUUCGGUUCAGAUUUUGUAACUGUAACAAAGUCUGAAGAUGCUUCUUGGGAUUUUCUAAAACCUGAAAUAUUUGCAGCAAUUAUGGACUUUUACUCGUCUGGCAAGCCACUAUUUCUGGACGCAGCUACUUCGGCUUCUAUGGAUACAGCGAUCCAUGAAGAUGACUCAGAAACUGUUGCAAUGAUUAAAGAGCUAUUGGAAACUCGUAUACGACCUGCUGUGCAGGAUGAUGGCGGGGACAUUGAGUACAUAGGAUUUGAUCCAGAAUCUGGAGUUGUGAAGCUUAAAAUGCAAGGAGCGUGUAGCGGGUGUCCCAGCUCAUCUGUCACUUUGAAAUCAGGAAUUGAAAAUAUGCUGAUGCAUUAUGUGCCGGAGGUUAAAGCGGUGGAACAGGAAUUUGAUGCUGAAGAUGAAAAUGGAGAAUUAACGAGCCAGCUGGACUGAGGUGACUGUAUUUCUUUGUUGAUCAAAUGGACACUAAUAUGAGUAAAAAAAAAACAGAAAAAUCAGAACCAAGUUUUUCAACAUUGGUUUGUGACCAUUGUAUUGUAUGCAACUCUAUGUUCUGAUCAUUAGAUGCAAGUCAUGCAACUCAAUAAUUGCACACAUAUAGGCUGUAGGAGCAUUUUGGCUGGUCCAAGGGCAUUCUAGAGUUAUUAUUCGACACUUUUUCUUUCGGACUUUAAAGUUGUUUUCUUUA